UUUGCCUCGUGUCUGGGAUGUGUGCCUCGUGGCCCGAACAUCCGCUGAAAACGCGAUAGCAGGUGUUCUACACUCCCACCCCCUCUUUUCAUUUUUUUGCUCUCUCCUCUCUUGAAUUCGCCAUGGUUCUAUUCAGUAGCCAUCCGGUAAGGAAUAUCAUGAAGGCGGGUUUGGCCGUGGGCGUUGGCCAUAUUAUCAUGAAGUUCAUGCCAAAAUCACUUCAUAUCUUGCACUUCACACAAACUUCCGUAGGCAUACUGGCAGUUGCUUGCUUCGUUUUCUUCAUCAUAUUGCACCACAGGAGCGAUGGCCGGUUCAUGACACAGACGCAGGAGGAGAUGUUCCUCAUUGGGGCUUUGGGAGUGUUCUGGUUUGGAUUCCUCAUCGCGAUGCGAGUAUAUAGCCAGUCGGAUGUCAAUGUUAACAUGGACCAUCCGAGGGAGUUCCUAUCGUCAAAUAGCAGGACUGGUGAAA